AUGGUCAUUGAUGUUUCUAUAAGUCACUUGAAAGCACUUAUUUCUUUUUUUGAAACAUAUAGAGAAACUAGAUUUGAAUCUGAUAUGAUUAUUGCUACUCAAAUGGAAGUUGAACCUAUUUUUCAAGAAAAACGUAUUAUUCGUAGAAAGAAACAAUUUGAUGGAAAUGCCAAUGAUGAGAUAACACAUUCAGUUGAAGAAUAUUUUAGAGUUGAUUAUUUCUUAUAUGUAGUUGAUCAAGCUCUUUUUUCGCUUAAGUGCCAUGUAGCUGUGAAAUUUGCCAAGGCCUUGGGCGUCAAAGUCACAGUAAUCAGUGCCUCUCCUGCCAAGAAGCGGGAGGCUAUUGAACGUCUUGGUGCCGAUUCAUUUUUGGUCAGUCGCGACCAAGAUCAAAUGCAGACGGCUAUGGGCACAAUGGAUGGCAUUAUUGAUACGGUCUCAGCUCCUCACUCUAUUCUACCACUGGUUAGUUUGUUGAAGACUCAAGGAAAACUCGUCAUGGUUGGCGCACCAGAGAAGCCACUCGAGCUUCCAGUCUUUCCUCUGCUCCUGGGAAGAAAGAUAGUGGGAGGGAGUUGCAUAGGAGGCAUGAAGGAGACACAAGAGAUGAUUGACUUUGCAGGAAAACACAACAUAACAGCAGAUAUUGAAGUCAUUCCAAUGGAAUACGUAAACACUGCAAUGGAACGCCUUGGGAAAGCCGAUGUUCGAUAUCGAUUUGUUAUAGACAUAGCCAACACACUGAAAGAUGCUUAGUCUUCUUGCCCCGUGUGAAUUUUGCUUCUUCGACACUACUCGUUUAUUGUUGGGCGGUCCGAUAAGACGAUCGACUUUUUACGGUUUGUUUAAUUGUUUGUGUGAAGCUUAUUGGGCCCUAGCCUCUGGCGAACGUUGUACUGAAGUCUAUUUUACAUGAAUAAUAACACCAUGUUUUGGAA